AAGCUUCAUAGGGUGAUGUGCAUGGUGUGCAUGAUUCGUGUCUGAAGAUAGCUGAAGAACACGUUGCUAUAAGUUUUGUCAUAGAUUUACUGCUCUCUUAUCUUGAUCGAAGAAUGAACUGUUUGUCUGCAGAUAAAUAUAAUCUGUCAUUUCUCAUCCUUGAUUAGAAAUUAACGAUUUUUGAGCUUUUUACAAUCAGGACGUGAACUUCAUUUUCAAAAAAGCUAAAACAAGAAUACCAUCUUCACCUCAAAACGGUCAAGUUGAUACCGUCGAGAUGAAAGUGCGUGGGAAGAAGGACCGUGUCAUGUUUAUGCUGAGUUGGCUUGCUAUUGCCUUCGGCGCUAGCUUGGAAGACGAGGCGAACACUUUUCGCGGAGCAAAUGUCAAGGGGGACAAGGCUCCGGCCCCUGUUCAGUCACUAUCGUCCUCGUCGGUGAGGCUCGACGAAACGGGAGUCUACGAUCUGUGGGAUGUGGCUGACGCUGUGCUUGCGAAUACGAGGUUCUCUGACUCACUGCAGGAAUUUGUCGACUCUCCGUUUGCCAAAUACUCCCGUUUUCUCAAUGGCGACGCGAUGUUCGCGCCGCGUCUUGGUGGGGACACAGAACGCGAGAGCGAUGCUUAUCUACGUAAAGUUGUGUUGUGGCAGCAGAGUCGCGCGAAGACGAAGAAGAAUAGCGACGAAUCGGUCGAGGACGUCGCUGGCAGUGCCCUACUUGAAGACGAAAAAAGUGUGAAGAAACAGUACGACACCGGGAAAGAAGAGCCGUCAGAUAUUGUUUCUUCCGCUUAUUCAAGACAAUCUUCUGACGCAAAAGGAGCGGGGUUGGAAACUGGAAGUCCCACUAGUUUCGCGCAGAGCGACGAUAGCGCAAUCAUGGGGUUGGAUGCAGAUCUGGUGCUUAUCAACGCCGAAAGCAGUGCGGUCGACCUGCAGGAUUUGGCAGCGCGGCUACGUAUGAUGGACGGCAAUCGUACUAGGGCAUUGGACUUAUCCGAAGUUGAAUCGUCGUUGUUGCAGAGCAGUGGAACACGCAGUCUAGGGAGCAAGAUCGAAGGACGCGAAGCGAGACGUGGAUCGUCGUCAUCAGUGUGGCCAGAGGCGGACUGCAAUCUAGUGGCUGGGGCACAAAGUCUUAGCGCUGAGAGUGUUGUACCUGAGCUGCUGCUGCAUCGCCACAACACAGUGUGCCCAGUGCCGCACAGAGUGUCGAUGCUCGAGCUUUUGCAGUUGAAGGGAAAAUCUUUUUACGAGUCCCGUCUGGAGCUGCUGCGCGAUCACGUGGAGGCCACCAGACGUACUAGAAGCAUGUCCGGGGAGGGUCAGGAGGAUGUUGCAGAGCGUAGGAGAUUCUCAUCGAGUGGCGAACUUCUUGGUUCCGCAACAGAACCAGAGGACGAAGAAGCUGAACGAAAUGCACUUCCGGACGCAAGUCUCCUCCAGGUUCGCGGACAGGAAGGUGGUGUUGACGCUUCUGAUAUUGAAGAUAGGGAAAAGCUGGCUUCGCGACGGCACAAGUUGUCGGGCUCUUUUUCGGCAACGGUGGAAGGAGAGUUUUUGCGGCAGCUAGAGGUGCGAAAAACGGGCAACGGGGGCUCUGCGACUCGUAGCCAGCCGAUGAACUAUGGCAGGGGAAGUGAUCCGGAUUCAAGUCUUGGAGGAGAAGAGACGCAAAUAGCGACUGAUGAUCUACCCGCCUCCUCGUUACUGCAGCGACCGAUCUACAAGCCAGCGUCGGUAAACUACUUUUCGUUUUGCAGUGGUGCGAGAGGGAACUACGAAGCAACUGGAGGAGGUAGCAAGGCUGUCAGCGCCGCCGAACAGCUUUACCUCGAGACCAUCAAAUUCCUGUACAAGAAGGGACAUGACCUGGACCUCCUGCAGGUAGCGAGUCCUGUCUCCGCAGAUUCGUGGUUGCGCCACCGGUACGAGCACAGCAUCCAGAAUGGUCGUGCGGUUGGCGCGGCAGAAAGCAAAAUUCUGUCCGAGGCGGUGAUGCACAAUGGGUGGCAGAUGCCCAAGGACUUGGAGGAGCUUAGCGGGGAAUACUGUCACAAGGUAGCGAAGUGCGCGCCUCCGGAUGUGGAGGACUGCGAACGUCGCAUUUACCCUGAGGUCGUCGACGCCUUUGUCGGCGCCGUGUUUGUGCAGCCAACCUCAGACGCGAAUGUACGCGGCGGCAAGCAUCGAAUCGUCUGCAAUGACCUCAGCGAGGGAGAGGUCCUGGAGAAGCUGAUGGAAGAGGCCAGCAAAGUGAAGCAGGCAAGCUCGCUGAGUGACAGCAACUCAAAUGUCUGUGAUCGCGUUUGCGGUGUGGGAAGCAAGAAACACGAAAGGAAGACGCGUGAAAAGAUCAGGCGCUCUUUUAUGCAAACAACCACUGGUGGGGACAUCACAACUCGUGAAGCGGGAGAUAUUGCAAUACGUGUGGCAGACCCGUUGCAGAGUGAAGAGACAUCGUUUUUACAAAGGGGGCAAGAUGCCAAUCGGAUCGGGGACGCUUCUAGAACAGCGGAGAAGACCGAUACUCGCGAAGACUCGCUUGCUAGUACGCUCACCCCGGAUCAUGAAGUGAAAUUGGCGAGUGUGCUGCAACUGGACGCCAGCAGCAGCAAGGCCGCAACCGAGCAGAGGCAGCGGUCGCGGUCAGCCGUGGUAAGUUUCUCAAAAACGCAUAAUGCUGAGACGCGCAUGCCGUUGGUUCCAGCACAUAACGACUUUGUGGACGAUUUCUCGUAUGCCCAGGACAACUUUGAGGAAUUCGUGCCAGAAGGGGUGGCUAUAAAUGGUGACGUUGAUGCGUGCCGCCGGAUCGCCGCACAUCUUGAUAUCGAAUUGGGACUCACGAACAGUGUCGAUGGUAUCAAUAUUCGUUCAUACUCUCAAGCAUCUUUCGUCUUUGCUUCGUCAAGAAUUCCUAGGAUGUAUCUUGAUCUUCAGCAACACACGAAGUUAGUUACAACGAGAGACAUAAUAAAUCAGAUACAAGACACGUUCUCGGCCUCCAAUCGUUUGCAUUAUGACACAAACUUCUUUGUCUGAACACUCAGGUCGUAAUGACGCAGGUGAGUUUGAUUUUUUUCUAGACGCCGAUGCGCGCGUUCGUGAUGCCCAGAGAAGCGUGCAGGCGGAGUUUCCGGCGGGGUGGGAGCAGAAGCAAGACGUCGGCAACGGUCUGGACGUGUUCGACGUGUACACCGCGGUCGAAGAGUCCUUCUACCAGCGUUUCCGCUUGUAUAAUCACUGGCAAUUGCUCGGGGAAUGCGAGAAGGCCAACGCAUUGUCUCCGAGCUUUCUGCCGCCGCUAGAUCUGACGCAAGUGGAUCGUCUCGUCCGACCGGAACUGCCGGUAGUCAAAAACGGCGUUGUAGAUUGGCGCGAACUGGCCCGCGCACAGCGAGAAGGCCUGGACUUCGACGGAUUCUGGGGAGAACAUCGUCGCACGUUACCCACGGAGUGCACCGCGUGGAACUUCUACGCGCGCGUGGCCACGGUUCGCGAAAUGAAAACGCAGUUUCUGGAUUUGGUCAACGUGUAUGGUGCAGACCGCGUCCAAGCCAUUCUAAAGCGCAGCAUGGAGGGUUUAGGGUUGAACUCCAUAGGGGCAAACGACGUGCACAACAACUACCUUCUCCCGCCAGGGCUGCAGGCCGCCGCGAAGCGCACAGCGAACAACGUGGAACCAUUCAAGGAACGCUUGUUGCAUUUUGCAAAGCGCGGUGACCGCGAUCGCUUGUUCUUUUACUACUUGGAACACCCUCAGGAAUUGUGGAGCGGCGGGGUGUGGAGUCAUUUCACGCCAACCAACGCGCAGAUCGAGAAGAACACCAUGCUGGUCACUCAAAACCUGUGCAACCGCUUUUUCUUGCCGCAUGCUGAGUACUGCGUUGACUUCUACAACUUGCCGGAAAACAUCUGUGAGCCGGUGACCUGCAAUCGUCGUUAUUUGCUUGUUGUGGCCGCUGCUGCUGCGGCAUACGAGAGUGUCUAUGAGCGAACCUUCUACCAGGGGUCGUACGGAGAGCAGGCACUGAAAGACGCAAAUCAGCCUAUUUCUACGAAUCUGAUUUCGCGUAUGUUCGGUCUGCCUUCGAAUCGCUUCACGCACCGCUCUGGUGGAGCCGCAUUCCGCAUCGCGUAUGAUCGUGACGGUGCCAGCGGGAUUGUAACGGGUGGCAUCAGUGGGAGUGCCGCCAUGGCUUUGUCACGACGCCAGGCCUCUGCAACCGCUGGACGCGACUGCAUGCUGCUGGGCUUGCGGCACCAUCAUAUCUCCGAAGAAGCCGAAGGCAUCGGCGAACUUCUGCAGGAGCUGUAUUGUACCGCCAGUAAGAAGAUAGAGGCUCGGCUUCAGAUGUUUGACGCGCAAUAUCAGGACGCAGCGGAUUCCUGUGAGGAAAGGGAGAAGCAAGAGGCGUUGCGCUACAACGACGCUUUCGCGCUGGCGGUAGAGACGCGCGUGGCCGACAUUCUCGAACGGGCAGCUCCCGCAAAGCUCGUCAAAUACCUGACAGCAAAGGAGGACGCUUUUGCAAGUCUACGGAACGAUUUGGAGCAGAAGAGCAAGCUUCUGGCAGAACAGAAAGGACAGCUGGCGGAAGUCGAGGCAGCGAUGGCAAAAGCAGAAAGGGAAGGGUACUUCCUACAAUCUAGUUUCAGGUUUUCUACUUGUUUCGCUGUGAAAACGUUGCUCAAUCGCUAAAGAUCAAUCUUCAACAGAGGUGGUAAUAAAUUGCCAUCUUCAAGUUCAACGACUUCAUGAAUCGCAGAAGUUGAAACUAGUAUAUGCAUCUUGCCUUUCCGCCAGAAAAACGCAAGACUUACGGAACUUUAGUAUCCGGAGCCAGAAGAGGCAACUGAUUGAGCAGUUGACGCACACAGUUGAGGGCCAAGCAAAGGAGAUGGAACUCCGGAAACAGGAAAUCAGCGAGCUAAAACAGGAGAGCGCGCGAGUGUCAUCCACCUUGGGCGAGCAGUUCAAGAAUCUGAAAGAUUCGAAUCGCCAACAGCAUGAAAAGCUAGAGCGGAUUGACGUCGUAGCAAAUGCUGUUAUGUGUGCCGGGCUCCAGCGACCGCAGUGGCGCGGCGAGCCGCAGGCUUAUGACUACGGGCAGAACCGUGCACAUGCUGGAGCUAAUCCACUGCCUCCUCCAGGAUCCGAAGCUCCACCGAGUUCUCAGAGUUCUCCACCAGUUGUAGCAACGCGGGUUCCUCCGGGUUACAGUGCGGUGUCUGUGCUUCGACCGGGUUUGCGGGUUUGGUACGAUCCACAACUUGAUGAUCGAGCUAGCAAUGCCUUGCGAGCGGAGCAAAUGCGGUUGGCGACGACGGACAAGACACUGACUCAGCGUGCACGACUGCAAGGCUACGCGGAGAAGCUCGUGGAGACUAACAUGUGGUCGAAUUCUGCCAAUGCUGGUCACCAGGCGCAACUGAUGUGGAAAAUACGAUUGAAAAUUAUGUCUUGGUGAGAAUGAUGAUUCGGAUGGGAGAUAUUCAUUGGCGUGCUACUCUUGCUUUUUGAUUAAACAUGAUGGAUUUUUCUAUCCCAUUUCCGCUCUCACCUGGUACUAACUAUCGCAUCUAGAGAAAAGUUCUGCUCAGAGCGUUUCCCGUGGGGCUAGGAGAGCAAGACAAGCUAUAGUAUGUUGUUGACUUGAUGAUUAUUUUCCGAAGGCUGGUGCAUCGUCUGACUAGAUGUAUUUCGAUGUGGCUAUCUAGCGAACCUCUAAGAAGGACGAGGACUAUCAAAACGCACACACGGUGCCCGAGGUCUCGCUUUCGCGGAUUUUCACUGAGGGUUCGAUUGCACAGCUGAGUCAGCAUCCGAAGUGUGCGGGACAGCUAGUCAAGCUAAUUCGGGAGAGUAUACGCGAUAGGACAACAUGGGAUGUGAUGGCACUCGACUCCUCCGAUGACCUCGUCUCUGUAGAUCGCCCUUCAGAGAAACCUGUACAGAACAAGUUAGACGGUUCUGCAAGCCCUCCUAGUACAGCAAGUACAGAUGAAGGAGGAGGAGGAAGAACGGAGGGUUCAGCGGCAUACGAACACAGCGAGGCAGCUUCAACUCCAGACACCGGUAGUGGUGAAGAACCCGCCGACGUGGAUUCCUUCCUGCAGCUCGCCUCCGUUCCCACUAACAAGAAAGGAGUGCGCAGUGGCACAACAAGGUCGCAUCAUGCACAAGAUGAAGAUGAAAGCGACGAGGAUCAGAUUGAUGGCGCUGCGCUGUUGAAGAGCAAGGGUCGCUUGUUGAGAAGACAAGAUCACAGGGUCGUGCACAUGGUCAGGAAUUCACAAGCGGACCGUUUUUUCCAACGCUUUGCACGCUCGGCUCAACGGCAUAUACCGGAAUCUCUGCUGCAAGUUGGGCGUAAUUUGCGAGAUUUCACCAGUCGUUUUAUUCGGCUUUUUCAUUUCGAAAACGGCGAGAGCACGAGGGAUAGGGAUAGCCUGCAAGAGACUGACAACGUACCUCGUAGAAAAGACCACACCAAAAUUGGAAAGCAUGGUCUGCAGUCUCUCAACAAGCAAGAUGAUCAACAUCGUGAUGAAAUAGCAAGGGAACGGCAACGCCUUAAGGCCCUCGCAGACUCGCUUCUGCAGUUGCAUAGAGCAGAUCCGGCCCUGUCUCAACCGGGUGAAUGCAAAACGCUAACAGGCAUCCAGGAAAAUCAGCUUGAGUAUGUCAGCUCUUCGUUAAUGGUCGGUGGACGAACUUCGAUGCCCAACGUUGUACCAGAAGAGGUCGACUCGCCUGGUUGGGAGGGGCACGCCGUUCCCGAAGCAGCAGCGAGCGAUGAUGUGUCGUUAUGACUGAAAAAUAUUGCAAAAGCCAUUUUUCUGCAACAUACGGGGGGCUCAUAUUUGUCUGGCGGCAAGAAAUUUAGGUAGUUGUAAACUCACAGAUAAGACGAAAGUCAGUUCGAUGAUCAUUUUGUUCUGUUGCUUUUCUUGUUCUCUCGACAGGCUUUUCCCUUGUGGAGGAACAGAGUAAGGAAAGAUCAUGGCGCAUUAAAUUACACAGACUUUCUCCGGGUGUACUUCUUGCUGCUCUAAUAAUUGAAGCACUUGAUAACGCGGCGGCGCAAGCGGCGGAUGGAGAAGCCCCCGGAUCUUCCGAACCCGCGGCUGCGGCAGAGGACCCAGCAAAGCAGGGACAGGAAAGUGAUGCGGCGGAGAAGGAGGAGGAGAGCAAUAUGUUGUUAAGGCUCAGUCUAUAUCUACUUCAGGAAUUUUCAUACAGAUGUUAAUUGAAUUUAGAAUCGCACUAAGAUUUCAUGGAAAAGGUUGUUCCGUUUUCGAAUAGCACGUUCGGGUGGAAUUAUGUUCACACCCUAGUGUAAGGUGAAGUUAUCGGUGUAUCUAUAAUGAACUUGUAACUGAUACCUGCGGAACGAACUUGACCUGUUUCAUCUAUAUAGGACCACGAACAAUCUCCCGUCUUGUUUUUACUUGUAUCAGUGUAUCUGCGCCGCUUAAUGUUAGAGAUCCCUUAGUUUCAGCGAGGAGGGCUCUAAUCUUGUUUAUCGUGGGCAUUGUGCUCCUUGUACUGGCAGUCCUGUUGGGCAUCUAUUGCGCUUUGUGGUAUUUUGGCUACGUCGACCUUGAGGCGCUGGGUCCUCAGACAAGUAAUGAGGACGGCAGACAAAACUCGUCCAACAGAAGUUCAGACGCUGCCGAUGCAGAUAAAGCAGAGGCCAGCUCCGAGGAUCGAUCCAUUAAGGCUUGACCUCAUCCAUUUUGAGAGGCAUCUAUCGUGGGGGGGCUUUUGCAAGGGAGCUUUUUCAUCACGCAAAAUAGGACAGUCAUCAAGCUGGGUGUAGGUUGGUGAGGUCUAAAUCCAGCCAACAGAAGUAUCCAUGGUCGCAAAAGAUCGCAGACGCGGAGCCGGCUGAUGUCGAGGCGAUUUUAGGGGAGUUGGACCAAGAUCUGGCUCUGAAGGUGGACGAGGGCCAAAGCGCGGAGACUCUUAUUUCUGAGCGGAUUCGUUUGGAAGAGCUGGCGAGCCAGAUAGCCGCAAUGCUCCAAGAGGUGCCAGAAGAGAACGAAAGCGCGAAGGAUACCCUGACCGACUACACCUCGAAAGUGCACUCACUCCUUGCGACUGUGCGCGAGUGGCUUCUAGCUCACGACGAGACCGGCGACGUUGCCUCGGGAGGAGGCCCGGGAGGGUCAUCAGUGUAGCUGAGCAUCUAAGGGAAAGAGGAGUGCACGUCAAGACGUGAGGAAGCGGAGAGCUUACAAUUUACACAGUCAUUUGCAAUGAAUUUAGUUUCAAAUUUAGGGAUUUUGUUCCAUUUUUACACCGCAGACGGUGAUUGAAUCGAAUUCGUUGAUAUUGGACUAGCAUCAUUCUUCACAGUUCUUUUUUUUUGCCAUGAACUUUGACAUUUACCAGUCAACAUCUAUUACGAUUUAUAUAUAUCGACAAAGAAUACAAUACCAGACCUUCCCUGAAGAGUUGCCUGACACCAUAGCAGAGUUGGUAUCCUUGUUGAUGACGAUAUGCAUGAAGUAUAGCUGGACGCUGAAGAGAAGCAGCGUUCAAUUGUGCUUCAGACACAAAGCAGAUGGUAGUCGAAUAAGUACAAGAGCACAGUGGAACACGCAGUCAUUCGAGAAAUUGAAUUUCAU